AUGCCUCAAAAAGCACCUUCGUUGAACAGCGUUGUUGAAGUCAUUGUUGUGGAUGAUUCACAAACUCCGACAACCCCUGCAAACCAAAACAACAAUUUCAAUGCCAAUCAUGACAACACCAAUGUUGAAAAACUACUUGAUCCGAGCGUUUUAGAAUUAUCUCUAGAAAAAGUCAUUGAUUUAGAAACGGGUGAUGAUCCGACCCAUAAAAAAUUUAUGGAUAAAAGUAAUGAAAAUAUACUAACAGAGAAUCAACAAGAAAAAUCAAGUCCUGGUAUAACAACAAGAAGAAUUUCUACUCCAAGUAUAAUACCCGAUGAAACGAUCGAGGUGACAAAUUCUCAAGAGCAUGGAGCUCACAUUCAUCUAGCCAAUCACUGA